AUGCUUGAAAUUAUCACGACCUUUCUGGCAAAUGAUGAAGCCAUCCAAGUUGCGAAAGCGAAGUCAAACCAAUGCUACAUAGCUGAAGAAGACUGUAACCAAACACAGGGCCACACCAUCUUAAUCCUCAUACCUGUCAUUGGGCUGGAUAACUUUAUUGUGCCCUCACUACAGGGUCGGAUUUGGGCCUCACGAGUUGCCGAACCACCCAACAGGGACAGCUCUGGGAUGAUUUCAGAGGUCAGCUCCAUUUAUGGCCUUUAUUCGCUGCGUAAAUCAUCAUCUGCUCGGGCGGUAAUGCCAAUUCUGACAAACGUGAAGUGCCCUUUUGUGUCUGAUCAACCCGUUCGACGUGUUGGGCAUCGUGUGUUUCCAAACAUUCUCGUAAAUGCAAUGUGUGAUGUUGCUGUUGGCCUUCCAUUGUGGCAGCGCUACUGGGCGGCCGGUUAG